UUUCUUGAUUCACAAUUUCGCCCCAAAAAGAAACAUCAACCAGAUAACGAUUAAUUAGCUUCACCAUUUCCGCUCAUUCAUAAUCAAUUCCACAACUCCGCAGCUUAUAUUCUCACAGGCUUUGGAUUGUGCGCAAUAUUGCAAUGGAACAUCUAGAUAGUGGAUCAGGCAGUGUCUGUCAAAUAGAGUUGACCGAACCUCCAAUUAUAUGUGGACUACCAGAUCACAUUGCUCUUUUUUGCCUGGCGAGAGUUCCUCGAAUGUACCAUACGCUUCUCAAGAGUGUUUCAAGGAGAUGGAGAGACCUAGUGUGUAGUGAAGAGUGGCAUUUUCACCGUCGAAAGCAUAAACUUGAUGAGACUUGGAUUUAUGCUUUGUGCCGAGACAAAUGUGAUCGGGUUUGCUGUUACGUGUUGGACCCCAACUCAUCAAGAAGGUGUUGGAAGACCAUUCAAGGGCUUCCACCUCGCAUCUUGAAGAGAAAGGGUGUCAGUUUUGAAGCAUUGGGAAAGAAAGUCUACUUGUUGGGUGGCUGUGGUUGGUCGGAAGAUGCCACCAAUGAAGUAUACUGCUAUGAUGCUUUGACGAACAUUUGGAGUGAUGCUGCUCCAUUGUCAACUGCAAGGUGUUAUUUUGCUUGUGAAGUUUUAGAUGAGAAAAUCUAUGCCAUUGGUGGGUUAGGUUCAAAUUCAAGCAGUCCACAUUCUUGGGACACUUAUGACCCUUCCACAAACAGUUGGAAGUCUCACGCAGACCCAAACAUUUUUCCUGAAAUUGAAGAUUCCAUAGUCAUGGAUGGGAAGAUUUAUAUUCGCUGUGGCACUUCUGCUGUAACUUCUCGUGUGCAUUCAGUGGUUUAUGAGCCAUCAAGUGGUACAUGGCAGCAUGCAGAUGCUGACAUGGUGUCGGGAUGGCAGGGUCCAGCAGUUGUUGUGGAUGGUACUCUUUAUGCAUUGGAUCAGAGUUCAGGAACCAGGCUGAUAAUGUGGCAAAAGGAAACCAGGGAGUGGGUGCCAGUCGGGAGGUUGUCUCCCUUGUUUACAAGACCACCCUGCCAGAUAGUUGCUGUUGGGAAAAGAAUAUUUGUUGUGGGAAAGGGGCUUAGUACCGUCAUGAUCGACAUUGGCAAUGCAGGGAAUAUGGGAGGGGUGAUGGUGAGUUCUUCUAUACCUAAUUUAACUUCCGAUGAUGAUGUAAUUAGCUGUAAAUGUUUAGCAAUUUGAGAUUCUGUUUGUACAAGUGUUUAAAUUGAUUGUUGUUUGAUACUCUGAAUAUACUAAAUGCUUUGGGGGCCACAUUGGGACACCCCUGGGAACUGAACAUGAUACGUUGUAUCUUACUCAACAUUUAACUGUAUCUUGUAUUUAUACUUUCAAAUAAAUUCCUAAUGUGGAUGAUGUUUA